AUGGCGAGCUACGUCAAGGAUACCGAGCUACGCCUUGGUUUGUCGGGAUCCGAUGCACUGGCUACAAGGGGUAGCAAAAGGUCGCUGCCGGAGGAUGACGCUGCGGGCGACGACUCCAGCUGCCGAAAUGGCGGAUCUGGCUCGGCAGCCAAGGCUCAAGUGGUUGGUUGGUCGCCGAUCCGAACGUACAGGAAGAACAGCUUCCAUGCGAUGAAGGUAGAGUCGGAGGCUUCUGGGAUGUUCGUGAAGGUUGGCAUUGAUGGAGCUCCUUACUUGAGGAAGAUUGAUCUCAAGGUUUACAAAGGGUACAAGGAACUCAGGGAGGGCUUGGAUGACAUGUUCAACUGCUUCUCUCAAGGAGAAUUGUCAAGAAAAGAAGGGUGCAAUGGAUCUAAAUUCGCCAUAACCGUCGAAGAGGAGAUGAGCAGGGAUGUCGAUUGCGGCAUCACUAUGCCUUCUCUCCCCUCCGAGCUCUGUACCUGUUCGUUCUUCGUGGAGAUGGCACACCAGCGGCUUGCGGAGGAGGCGGCGCCGGUUGCUUGCGGAGCAAGCGGCGCCGGUGCCGGUUGCUUGCGGAGGAGGUGGUGCCGACGGCUUGUAGAGGAGGCGGCGCUGGUUGCUUGCGGAGGGACCACGCGAGCUUCAGUCCCCGCUCCGCAGCGAGAUUGUGGCCGCCUGCGACGCCUGUGGAGAACGUAG